AUGACACCCGCCGCAUCGCCGGUGAGACGUUACAACUUGAGGAGCCAUACACCACGACACUUACAUCUCCUCAAUCCUCCUCUGGAACCAUGCGGCGAUUUUCACUUGUUUGCCCGUUUUCCGGCUGAAAUCCGCUGGCUUGUUUGGCAGCAUUCCCUCAGUCACGAGCGAUGGAUCGACAUCACCCUGAACCGUCUUGAUUACACAGACCUUGCGCACGAAGUGCGAGAGCUGACAAAUCCUGAAGAGUACAAUGUCGUGCUAAGUCACCGUUGGAGGACUAGCAAGCUCUUUCGAACCACGUCUGAGUCACGCAGGGCUGCUUUGGCUUUCUACAGGGUUCAACUACCGUGUUGGUACAAGUCGAAAGACCAGGUUAUGUCGAGAGGAACACUGUAUGUUUGUCCUGAAUUGGACCACUUCUUCCUCCAAAGCUUCAGCUUUGACUAUUUUGAGCGACUUGCACAUGACCUCUGGGCUUAUGACCCUCGUCAUAUUGGUUUGGUCAAUCUUGCAUUGCCAGCCAGAUGUCCAACUUUCUCUUUCGAGACAUCGAAGAUACUGAAUGGUGAGCCCUCUGUCCUUCGACAAGGCUUGUCCAGAAUCGAACGUCUUACAAUGAUGAACUACAGGGGCUCAAAAAAGCUAUGGCGCCCCCUAAAUCCCCAAAGCCGCCGCCCUUUCUACCAAAUGAAUCAUAUCGUUCCCAUCAGGAGUGGCGUUCAGAGCUUCGACAGACUGCCAUAUGACCCUCGAUUGCACAGUGAAGAUCUGAUGCGGGUGUUUCUAGGCCACUUUGGCCCUCGAAAAGCGUUCAAUCGCUGGUUUGAACUACUCUCAACCUUGGGGGUAGAACACGAGCACAAGGUCAUCUACCAGUUUGGCAGUUGUCGUGGGAAUAAAACCGGCUAUGGGUACAAGGACUCUCCUGUCAUAUCUGACCGCAGAUCCGCUGCUGAGUGGGUUUUGCAAGACACUGACGAGCUCCGAAAAUGGUUUGAGAGCUUCCAUCAGUCACCAGAAACCAGAAGUCAAAUAGACCAUCAGAUUGUUAGAGUCUUCGAAGAAUCGCCUCAGCCAGUCAUUGGAUUCUGGUUGUUCCCUAUGGAGAGUUUCUUAAAUUCACGAGACCCUGAUAGCCAUGGUACAGAUGCUUCAUCAUCGGAUUCGACGACAGUUGAUAUGUCACAACACAUGCCGGAGCUGUGCCUGGCAAACAUCUAUUGA